UAAUAAACAUGUACCAUAAACUGUUGUUGCGGAAGAAGAACUACUGUUGACUACUGUUGCUUUGAAAGUCGGUCACGCCAACCGCACAAAAGAACUACAUUUCCCAGCGUCCCUGUCGUCAAAACAACAAUGGUUGCGGCCAGCAUUCGCUGCUGAGGGUUGUGUAUUUUAAUUUAGCUACUACAGUUUGCAGCGAUGCUAAGUUUGUUCGUAACUGUUUUGGUUUUCACAGACAGGGUGUGCAGCUCGGACAGUAGAGCCUCCCAAGAUGUCCACAGUCCCAGUGAGAACUAUCUCAUGUCGGUAUGGCACAACAGGCUGUACGUGUACUCAGCUGCCGCCCUGCUGUUUGGGGUCUGGUUCUCCCUGAAGAUGACUCUGAAAAACAAAAGCUUCUCUAAAGAUGCCGCCUCGUGGGUCAGCAAAGCUGAACAGAAGAACAACAACAGCUCUGACAGAGACGCUGAGGUUCAUGUGUCAGGGGUUAAAAUCUUCUAUGGCUCACAAACUGGAACAGCAAAGGGCUUCGCACACGAGCUGUCAGAGGAGGUGAAGACUUUGGGAAUACCAGCUGAAGCGAUUGACAUGAAAGACUACGAUCCCGAUGACCAACUUGCAGAUGAGUGCGUCAGUAAGUCGGUCUGCGUGUUCCUUGUGGCCACCUACACUGAUGGACAACCCACCGAGAACGCUGAGUGGUUCUGCAAGUGGCUGGAAGAGGCAUCCACUGACUUCAGAUAUGGGAAGACCUACCUCAAAGGCCUCAGAUACGCGGUGUUCGGUCUUGGAAACUCUGUCUACGUUGGCCACUAUAACACGGUGGGUAAAAAUGUGGACAAGUGGCUGUGGAUGCUGAGCGGGAAGCGAAUCAUGACCAGGGGAGAGGGCGACUGCAAUGUGGUGAAGAGCCGUAACGGCAGCGUCCAGGCGGACUUUCAGGCCUGGAAGGUCAAGUUUGUGAACCGGCUGCAGGCUCUGGCCAGAGGGGAGAAGAAGAGCUGCAGUGGAAACUGCAAGACCGGAGGCUCCUGCAAGAACAAGAAGAAAGAAAAACAGGAGGAGGAGAGAGCUGCUGCACAGAAUAACAGCUCUGAGGAGGAACUGAUAGAAUCCAGCAGUGAUGAAGAGGAGUCCAGCCCGUCAGAUGAGAAAACAGGCUCAGUGGUUGAUAUGGAGGAUCUGGGCAACAUCAUGAACAGCGUCAAGAAAUCAAAGGGAAAAGGUGAGGUUCAAGGAGACGGCCAGAUGGUGAAGUUAUCCAAACUGAACGGAGUGAAGAGGGUUGAAGACGAAGAGGAGAGAAGGGAGAUGAUCACUCCUGCCCUGAGAGAAGCACUCACAAAACAAGGGUAUAAACUAAUUGGAAGUCACUCAGGAGUGAAGCUUUGCCGAUGGACUAAGUCUAUGCUGCGAGGAAGAGGAGGCUGCUAUAAGCACACUUUCUAUGGCAUUGAGUCUCACCGGUGCAUGGAGACUACGCCCAGCCUCGCCUGUGCUAACAAGUGUGUCUUCUGCUGGAGACAUCACACCAACCCUGUGGGCACAGAGUGGCGCUGGAAAAUGGACCCUGCAGAGAAAAUCCUGCAGGAUGCCGUGGAAAAGCACCAGAACAUGAUUCGACAGUUCAGAGGUGUUCAUGGAGUAAAGCCUGAGAGGUAUGAGGAGGGCUUGUCAGUCAAGCACUGUGCCCUCUCCUUGGUGGGAGAGCCAAUUAUGUACCCCGAAAUUAACGCCUUCAUUCGCCUCCUCCACUUCCACCGCAUCUCCAGUUUUCUUGUGACCAAUGCACAGUUCCCCCAGGAAAUCAGGAGCCUGGUGCCUGUUACCCAGUUGUAUGUUAGUGUGGAUGCUAGCACCAAAGACAGCCUGAAGAAGAUCGACCGACCACUUUUCAAGGACUUCUGGCCCCGUUUCCUGGGCAGCCUCAGGGCUCUGGGAGAGAAGAGACAGAGGACGGUGUACAGACUGACGCUGGUGAAGGCCUGGAACGUGGAGGAGAUGCAGGCCUACUCAGAGCUCAUUACUUUGGGCCAGCCAGACUUCAUUGAGGUCAAGGGUGUGACGUACUGUGGGGAGAGCUCUGCCAGCAGUCUGACCAUGGCAAACGUUCCCUGGCACCAGGAAGUGGUCGCCUUCGUCCAGCAGCUGGCUGACAUGUUGCCUCAGUAUGAGAUUGCCUGCGAGCAUGAGCACUCCAACUGUUUGCUCAUUGCACACACCAAGUUCAAGGUGGAUGGCGAGUGGUGGACAUGGAUCGACUACGAACGUUUUCAAGAGCUGGCCAAAGCUCACGAGGAGAGUGGGGGACAGCAGAGCUUCUCAGCCAUGGACUACGUAGCCAAAACUCCAAGUUGGGCUUUGUUCGGAGCCCAGGAACAAGGGUUUGACCCGGCUGACACGCGCUUCCAACGGCGCAACAAAACCAAAGACAUCUCAGGAUGCUGACAGGUGAAACAGAGAAAGACAGAUAGAGGUAGGAUGAAUAGAGUGAGUACUGAUCUCUGAGUAAAAUAGUCAGGGUUAAGUGUUUUACUUCCGUCUUCUUUGAGUUUCAGAGUUUGUUCUUAUGUGGACUGAAACUCUCCACUCUUCUUUAAUUUCUUUAGGAUUUUUACUUUAUUUUAUUGGCUUCACACCCAAAGUUAGAAGAUUAAUUCCGUCACACUUAUUUCUAAGACAUUCCCCCUCGCAUUUGUUAAAAUGCUUUGAGUUUUGAUGCGUUCCACUUCUUGAACCGGUGAUUAUUAUAAAUAUCAAUGACUUUGAACUUUGUAAUCAUCUGGCAACACUUGGGAAGAUUUUACAUUGUUAAAGUUGACCCUUGGCGGUGGUUUCAUCACUUGCUUUGUUUCUAGUUUAUUUUUUUAUAAUUUCGAUUCUGUCGGUGCAACUGCACAGCACAGGAUGUGAUUAACAUGUAAGGAAUAGCACCUUUAUUUCUCCUUCUGCUCUCUGUUGGAGCUACACAUCUUUCCCAGACACCUUUGCUCCUCCUCCCACUCAUUAGGACUGCGGUGGUAUUUGCUUGGCUGUGAGAGGCUCGAACAGUGAGAGGAGAUCAUCAAGGCUGCGACUCCACUGGGACAGUCUCUUUACAGUGCAGGCUUCUUAAUGCUCUCUGACUGCACAUUUUCAGUUCAAAGGUUGUGUUGUCUCUCAUUCUCAACAGUGUCAGCUCUGCCUGGUUUCACUUCUGCUACGAGCCUGGAUGGUUGAAAAUAUGCAGCUGCUGACUGGUUUGCUGUGAAAUCAGCCUGUGGAAAUGGACAUCUUCCUUUUUAAAUACCUUAGCUUUGAAAACGUGAGCAUUUUGGGUAUAACAAUUUGAGCUAAAGUAGGGACAGAUGACUAUAAUCCGUAAUAUAAUAAAGUGGGUGAAGGCACUAAGAGAGUUGUAUCACUCUUUGUAUCGCCGUUGAAGAAAGAAUCAAUAAAAAUCAAAAACACAAAACUCCAUAUUCUCAGACAAUACCAAGUCUUGUAUCAUUAUGUCAAGACAUCUCUUUUAUUAAUCCACCAAGGAAGGCGGCAGAGUUAUGACAUUCGCGUGCGUUUGUCUGUUUAUCUUUCCUUCCGUCUGUUUGCAACAUUACUCAAAAACAGACGAACAGAUUUGGGAAGGUCAUAAACGAUACAAGGACCACCUCAUUAGAUUUUGGCAGUGAUGUGGCUUAUAGUCUGGAUCCACAGAUUUGUUAAACAUUUCUGUAUCAUUGUGAGAUAGCAGCACAGUGUCACUGUAACCAUGACAACAAAUGAACACUACAUCAGCUGCCUGUUGAUGAUCACAUGAUUGCGAUCCUACUACAAAUCAACCGCUGCGGACUGAUCAGGACUUGUCCGUCGGAGAUCAUACAACGACUGAGCAGACUUGGCAGAGUGCUGCGCUCUCUGAGUGCUUCUCUUGUUUAAUCAGUCCCUCCAGGAAUUCGCGAUGUUGCGAUCGCGCAAAUUCACACGAAAUCAACCAAUCUCCGCAAAUUUUGCGCGGCCUUGCAAUUUUGUCCAAUCACCACAACUUUCCCGCAAUUUUGGCCCGCCUCCCGUGAGUUCCCCCAAUCAUAGCAGCUCCCAGCACAAACAUAAUUCACGUACGUCACCGAAUUCACUUCCUUGUUUAUGGUUUGAAGAUGCAGACGUGUGAUACUAAUGUCUCUCAUUUACCAACCAAAAUUACUGCUGAAGACCGUAAUAAACAAUAAAUUCACUGAUGUUCUUCACCAAAGCGGAGCUAAACUGUUUUACACCCGUGCAAUACUGUGGUGGAAUACAAAAAAAAAAAAUCAUCGAUUGAUAAAAAUAACACGAAACAUAUUAGAACGGCUGAAAUAGUCAGACAACAGACCACAUAAAUCACCAUGAUGGAAACUGCUGCAUCCAGAUCCGUUAGAGCACUGAAAGAAUGAAGAUAAAUUAGAUUAAUUAUUCCACCUAAGAACAUGGCAAAGUCAUGUGACGAUCAGCGUGUGUGAAUCAUUCCUCUGUUACCAACAUCACUCAAAAACAGACUCGGGGAUUUGAACGAAGUUUUCAGGGUCGGUCAGAAAUGACACAAGAACCAAGUGAUUAGACUUCAGCAGUGAUGUGGCUUAUAGUCUGGAUCCACAGAUUUGUUAAACAUUUCUGUAUCAUUGUGAGAUAGCAGCACAGUGUCACUGUAACCAUGACAACAAAUGAACACUACAUCAGCUGCCUGUUGAUGAUCACAUGAUUGCGAUCCUACUACAAAUCAACCGCUGCGGACUGAUCAGGACUUGUCCGUCGGAGAUCAUACAACGACUGAGCAGACUUGGCAGAGUGCUGCGCUCUCUGAGUGCUUCUCUUGUUUAAUCAGUCCCUCCAGGAAUUCGCGAUGUUGCGAUCGCGCAAAUUCACACGAAAUCAACCAAUCUCCGCAAAUUUUGCGCGGCCUUGCAAUUUUGUCCAAUCACCACAACUUUCCCGCAAUUUUGGCCCGCCUCCCGUGAGUUCCCCCAAUCAUAGCAGCUCCCAGCACAAACAUAAUUCACGUACGUCACCGAAUUCACUUCCUUGUUUAUGGUUUGAAGAUGCAGACGUGUGAUACUAAUGUCUCUCAUUUACCAACCAAAAUUACUGCUGAAGACCGUAAUAAACAAUAAAUUCACUGAUGUUCUUCACCAAAGCGGAGCUAAACUGUUUUACACCCGUGCAAUACUGUGGUGGAAUACAAAAAAAAAAAUCAUCGAUUGAUAAAAAAAACACGAAACAUAUUAGAACGGCUGAAAUAGUCAGACAACAGACCACAUAAAUCACCAUGAUGGAAACUGCUGCAUCCAGAUCCGUUAGAGCACUGAAAGAAUGAAGAUAAAUUAGAUUAAUUAUUCCACCUAAGAACAUGGCAAAGUCAUGUGACGAUCAGCGUGUGUGAAUCAUUCCUCUGUUACCAACAUCACUCAAAAACAGACUCGGGGAUUUGAACGAAGUUUUCAGGGUCGGUCAGAAAUGACACAAGAACCAAGUGAUUAGACUUCAGCAGUGAUGUGGCUUAUAGUCUGGAUCCACAGAUUUGUUAAACAUUUCUGUAUCAUUGUGAGAUAGCAGCACAGUGUCACUGUAACCAUGACAACAAAUGAACACUACAUCAGCUGCCUGUUGAUGAUCACAUGAUUGCGAUCCUACUACAAAUCAACCGCUGCGGACUGAUCAGGACUUGUCCGUCGGAGAUCAUACAACGACUGAGCAGACUUGGCAGAGUGCUGCGCUCUCUGAGUGCUUCUCUUGUUUAAUCAGUCCCUCCAGGAAUUCGCGAUGUUGCGAUCGCGCAAAUUCACACGAAAUCAACCAAUCUCCGCAAAUUUUGCGCGGCCUUGCAAUUUUGUCCAAUCACCACAACUUUCCCGCAAUUUUGGCCCGCCUCCCGUGAGUUCCCCCAAUCAUAGCAGCUCCCAGCACAAACAUAAUUCACGUACGUCACCGAAUUCACUUCCUUGUUUAUGGUUUGAAGAUGCAGACGUGUGAUACUAAUGUCUCUCAUUUACCAACCAAAAUUACUGCUGAAGACCGUAAUAAACAAUAAAUUCACUGAUGUUCUUCACCAAAGCGGAGCUAAACUGUUUUACACCCGUGCAAUACUGUGGUGGAAUACAAAAAAAAAAAAUCAUCGAUUGAUAAAAAAAACACGAAACAUAUUAGAACGGCUGAAAUAGUCAGACAACAGACCACAUAAAUCACCAUGAUGGAAACUGCUGCAUCCAGAUCCGUUAGAGCACUGAAAGAAUGAAGAUAAAUUAGAUUAAUUAUUCCACCUAAGAACAUGGCAAAGUCAUGUGACGAUCAGCGUGUGUGAAUCAUUCCUCUGUUACCAACAUCACUCAAAAACAGACUCGGGGAUUUGAACGAAGUUUUCAGGGUCGGUCAGAAAUGACACAAGGACCAAAUGAUUAGACUUCAGCAGUGAUGCGGCUUAAAGUUUGGAUCCACGGAUUUGUUAAGGAUUUCCCAUUGAGGUCGCGGCACAGCGUCUGAUUGCGGCACGGUAACCAUGGCAACAAGUGAACGCUACCUCAGCGGCCUGCUGACAAUCACAUGAUUGUGAUCCUACAACAAAUCUACCACUGUGGACGUAUCGGAAAUGAUACAAAGAACAACUGAUUAAAUUGUGGGGGUGUUUCUGAGUCCCAUCAAUUCCAGUUGCCAGCUACAUAUUUAGGUCACACUAUUCGGUAUGUACACAUGCAGAACACACACCUGUCUUGGUGGAGGACUGCGCUCUCUCAGUGCUGUUCUUGUUAGUUGACGUGACAAGCCGCAUCGUGUGUGUGAACACGUGUGUGCCAGGAUGUGAAAUUAACUUUUUAAGCCACUGACAGAUAUGUCCGAAUAUGAUUCAUUCAAUAGUAAAUUAGCAUUUUAUGCCGCAAAUCUAUCAACCACUUCAUGUUAAACCAGUAUCUGGCUACUGCUAAUUUCCCACCAUAGUGUGCCAGCUUGUGGAAAUGGGUUGGAACGCAAAAUAAUUAAUUUCAGAAUAAAUAUUGUCAAUUACAGUGUUGAAACAUGUUCUACAAGCAGGAAAAAAUGCAGCUUUUUAGCAAUUGUCAGUGUCUCCCAAAAUUUUAUCACAACAAAUAAGCUUAAAACAUCGCAACUUUUAUCGCAAUUUUUUAGAAAAGGUGCCAUGAAUUCAGGCAUUUUCGGCCGCAACAGUCACGAAAACGCCCGCGAAAUCCUGGAGGGACUGGUUAAAGUGGCAGUCUGAGAUAUAUCCGUUUUAUUCUCUUUUGCGACAUCUGUGGCGAUAAACUGUAAUUGCAGGUGUUUUCUUGAACCACAUUUCCAAGAGAACCAAGCAACUGGUGAGGUCUAAUAUUCAUGGUGACAUUCUAUAUAGCACGGCAGAAAAAGAUUUAGUAUGCUCCAAUACAUAGUACGUCAAAUGUAGUCUGCAAAAAAAAACCCGAGAUAUCUAACUACAGCAGGUCAGAUUUUGCAACGUGUAAUGCUGCAUUGUUUUCUGGCCAUUCUGACUCUCAAUCCUCUGCACAGUUGGGUCACAAAUAUCAAAGUGUCUCACAUGAUAUUAAACAAGCUUGAGCCGCCGACCUGUGCAGCCAAAGGAAGACUCAUUUUGCACUGCAGACUGUGACAGAGUUUAAAGACGUUUAAAGAUUAUGGCGAGGUAGUACGUCCCAAUUGUACUCACGCUGCAAAAAUCAAUGCACACCCUGGCAGGGUAGCUGCACUACAUAAUUUCAGUAAAGAGAAGAAGUAUGCAAUGUGGGACACCCCCAGUCUCACCUACAUGAUGUUGCCAGUCAGGUGACAACUGAACCACCCCUCCAGAACAAUUUGAGGUCAAUACACUUGAAGGCGAAAAAGGUUUACUGUCCUCUAAAAUUAAGAAAUGCGUCACAAACUGCUGGAAUGUCGCCACAGAUGGACCACUCGUGAUGCUCAUAUAAUUUCAUCAGUGGACCUAAAGGCUCAGACACUGUUAGGGACAAAUAGUUACUGAACAGAGAUUUAUUUACAUUAAAGUCCUUUAGAUUACCACUUUGAAGGGAGAGCACAUUUAUAACAUUCUGUCUGGUCUACAGGAGAAGGUCCAAGCAUUGAUGAAAAAUAUGUAACAUGCCAGAGAAGUCCAGUCCUUUUUACUAAUAUCUUUGUGAAUCCAGAUGUAAAAAUCAAGUCCACUGUAAUUUGUUUUUUUUUUUUAAUCAAUGCAAAUCUAGAUGUAAAUUUUGAUUUUGAUUUGUUUUCCAACGUCUCUGAUGUCCCACUGCCUCCCUUUUUGGGAGAAACUGUAAGUGUGUGGAUAUAUCACUGUAAUAAAUGUAUUUGGAAUAAU